GUGCCUAAUGAAACAGACAAAGCAACCCCAGUUGCAGAAACUUGUCUAUGUAUAUGUUAGGAAUAAAGAGAGCGUAGAGUCUCAUUCUUAGAGCUUACAAUUAAGAGAAAACUAGUUAGCUAUACAUACAAGUAAUGAUGGUGAGACCACCUUGCUGUGAGAAAAUUGGGGUUAAGAAAGGACCUUGGACUCCAGAGGAGGAUAUAAUUUUGGUAUCAUACAUUCAAGAACAUGGACCUGGAAAUUGGAGAUCAGUUCCCACCACUACAGGUUUGAUGAGAUGCAGUAAAAGUUGCAGACUUAGAUGGACUAAUUAUCUUAGACCUGGUAUCAAAAGAGGUAAUUUCAAUGACCAUGAAGAAAAAAUGAUAAUCCACCUUCAAGCGCUUUUAGGAAAUAGAUGGGCUGCCAUAGCUUCCUAUCUUCCAGAAAGAACAGACAAUGACAUCAAAAACUAUUGGAAUACACAUUUGAGGAAAAAGCUUAAGAAGAUUAAUCAAACAGGUGAUGAAAAUGAAGUAGAAGAAAACUCUAUUCCUCAAGUAAAAGGUCAAUGGGAGAGAAGACUUCAAACAGAUAUCCAUAUGGCAAAACAAGCUUUGUGUGAGGCACUUUCUCUUGACAAGCCAACACCUAUUUUAGCUGAAAAUCAAACAUCCCCUUAUGCAUCAAACACCGAAAACAUAGCUAGAUUACUCGAAAAGUGGAUGAAAAAACCCGAAAAUUCAGUCGAGACAACAAAUUCAGGAAACUCCAUUAUGGUAGUAACAGGAUCCGGUUCUAGGGAAGGAGGACAGAAUACUAUAGCAUGCAAACAAAAAGAUCAAGCAUUUGAUUCUUUGGUGAGUUUUAAUUCAUUAAAUUCUGAUUGUUCUCAAUCUGUGUCGGUCGAAGAAAAAAAUUUCUUGGCAAUGGAUUCAUGCUUUUUUCAAUAUCAAAGUAAGCCAAACCAGGAAACUCAAGACCCUCUCAUGUUUAUGGAGAAUUGGCCUUUUGAUGAUGAGGCUGCUCAGUGCAAUGAAGAUCUAAUGAACGUUUCAAUGGAGGAAAAUACACCAGGGUUGUUUUAGUAAAUAGCUCAAUAUAUAUAUAUAUAAUAUAUAUUUUAUGAUGUCAAGGGUUCGAAUCCUCGAUCUUGUAUAUAUUAUGCAUUGUCCUUACCAACUGAGCUAAGCACACGGGGACCUGAAUAUAUAUAUACAUACACACACUUCAGUUACAAAUACUUUUGUUACAAAAUAUAAGUAAAAGUGAGUCCAAAACAUUUGACAUAUAUACAUCAAUUUUGGAUGACCACUUUUACUUAUAUUUUGAAGUUUCGAUUAUAUGUAGAAAAUGCAGCUGGUGCGGUUGAAAUUUGGGGUUAGCAAAGAGUUGUGGUGAACCUCAAAGUUCUUUAUAUUAUAAUGUAGCUGCAAUUAAUGUUU